GUCAACUUCUGGCUCAGCUUCCUUGUUUUUUGCCCUUUUGUUUCCACGCCGGGGACAGCUUUGCAAAUGUGUGUGCUAUAAUGGCAAUUGAUGAAAACAACCUUCACUCUAGGAGUAAAUGUAAACUGAAUUCAUACCAGCAUGAUUAUAAAUCAAUGAGACGGAGUAGUCUGCCGUCGGAACUCUUCCUAGGAAAUGACCUCAAAGGAAAAUGUCAGAGAAAUAUUAGGAAUUUAGAACCGAUUCAUCCCAGGCGGCCCAAAAAAAGACCUCCUCUCUUUCCAGCAUCUCCAGUGAGUAACGGAUACAUCAAACCACCAGUCCCAUCUGUUUCUGGCGUUCAAAGAGAGAAAGGACCUCCAACCAUGUUGCCCAUCAGUGUCGACCCAGACAGUAAACCUGGGGAAUAUGUCCUGAAAAGUUUAUUUGUUAACUUUACAACCCAGGCUGAACGCAAGAUCCGCAUCAUUAUGGCAGAACCUCUGGAAAAGCCACUGACCAAAUCUCUGCAACGUGGAGAAGAUCCCCAAUUUGAUCAAGUAAUAAGUUCAAUGAGCUCCCUUUCAGAGUAUUGUCUACCCUCUAUUCUGCGCACUUUGUUUGACUGGUAUAAAAGGCAAAAUGGCAUAGAAGAUGAAUCUCAUGAAUAUAGACCAAGAACAAGCACUAAAUCCAAAAAUGAUGAACAGCAGCGAGACUAUUUAAUGGAAAGAAGAGACUUGGCUAUUGAUUUUAUUUUUUCUUUAGUAUUAAUAGAAGUUUUGAAACAGAUUCAGCUUCAUCCUGUAAUAGAUGGUUUGGUACAUGAAGUUAUUAAUUUGGCUUUCAAACACUUUAAAUACAAAGAAGGGUACCUUGGUCCUAACACUGGAAAUAUGCACAUUGUUGCAGAUCUGUAUGCUGAGGUAAUAGGGGUACUAGCACAAGCAAAAUUUCCAGCUGUGAAGAAGAAAUUUAUGGCAGAGUUAAAAGAGCUGAGGCAUAAAGAGCAGAGUCCUUACGUGGUUCAAAGCAUUAUCAGUCUAAUAAUGGGGAUGAAAUUCUUUCGCAUUAAAAUGUAUCCAGUGGAGGAUUUUGAAGCUUCGCUUCAGUUUAUGCAGGAAUGUGCACAUUAUUUCCUUGAAGUUAAAGACAAAGAUAUCAAGCAUGCGUUAGCAGGACUUUUUGUUGAGAUUCUUGUCCCAGUGGCUGCUGCUGUUAAAAAUGAAGUGAACGUCCCCUGUUUGAGGAACUUUGUUGAAAGUCUGUAUGACACAACGCUUGAGCUUUCUUCCCGAAAGAAGCACUCACUGGCUUUGUAUCCACUAGUAACAUGCCUGCUUUGUGUCAGUCAGAAGCAGUUCUUUUUAAACAGAUGGCAUAUUUUCCUCAACAACUGCCUGUCCAAUCUCAAAAACAAGGAUCCCAAAAUGGCUCGAGUUGCACUGGAAUCUCUUUACAGGCUACUGUGGGUUUACAUGAUUAGAAUUAAAUGUGAAAGCAAUACAGCUACCCAAAGUCGGCUCAUCACAAUCAUCACAACUCUUUUCCCAAAAGGUUCCCGAGGCGUGGUACCACGAGACAUGCCUCUGAACAUCUUUGUCAAAAUUAUUCAGUUCAUUGCACAGGAACGUUUGGAUUUUGCAAUGAAAGAAAUUAUUUUUGAUUUCCUUUGUGUGGGAAAACCGGCAAAAGCAUUUAGUCUCAAUCCGGAGAGGAUGAACAUCGGCCUGAGAGCUUUCUUGGUUAUUGCGGAUAGUUUGCAACAAAAAGAUGGAGAGCCUCCAAUGCCUGUUACGGGAGCUGUGAUGCCUUCUGGAAACACGUUACGUGUGAAGAAAACAUACUUGAGCAAAACACUCACAGAGGAGGAAGCUAAAAUGAUAGGUAUGUCAUUGUAUUAUUCUCAAGUAAGAAAAGCUGUAGACAACAUACUGAGACAUCUUGAUAAAGAGGUUGGCCGGUGCAUGAUGCUGACAAACAUACAAAUGUUAAACAAAGAACCUGAAGAUAUGAUCACUGGUGAAAGAAAGCCCAAAAUUGACCUGUUCAGAACUUGUGUUGCUGCUAUUCCACGUCUCCUUCCGGAUGGAAUGUCUAAGCUAGAGCUUAUUGACUUGCUGUCAAGGCUGUCGAUCCAUAUGGAUGAUGAACUUAGGCACAUUGCUCAAAAUUCCCUGCAGGGCCUUCUGGUUGACUUUGUCGAUUGGAGAGAGGAUGUGCUUUUUGGAUUUACAAAUUUCCUACUGCGUGAAGUGAACGAUACACACCAUAGCCUCUUGGACACCUCCUUGAAACUACUAUUACAGUUACUAACACAGUGGAAACUUAUAAUGCACACUCCUGGAAAAGCCAGCGAACAUGCAAAGGGCCGAUCAUCAGAGCUGAUACCAAAUGGAUCCAGUCAUAGGACACAGACCGAGAGAAGUUCUUAUUCUAAUGUCCUACAUGCCGUUGAAGGUUUUGCACUAGUAUUACUCUGUAGCUUCCAGGUUGCCACACGUAAACUGGCAGUUUUAAUUCUCAGAGAGAUCCGUGCUUUAUUUCAUGCCCUAGGGCAAGCAGAGGAUGAUGAUAGGCCUAUGAUUGAUGUCAUGGACCAGCUAAGUUCUUCUAUUCUGGAAAGUUUCAUUCAUGUUGCUGUUUCUGAUUCAACCACGCUACCAUUAACCCAUAAUGUGGAUUUGCAGUGGUUGGUAGAAUGGAAUGCAGUGCUUGUCAAUAGCCAUUAUGAUGUAAAAAGCCCUUCCCAUGUCUGGAUUUUUGCACAGUCAGUCAAAGAUCCAUGGGUUCUUUGCCUGUUCAGUUUUCUUAGACAAGAGAACUUACCAAAGCAUUGCCCUACUGCACUUAGCUACGCUUGGCCUUAUGCCUUUACGCGAUUACAGCUGGUCAUGCCCUUGGUUGAUCCAACCAGUCCUAUGAAUGCCAAGAAAACCAGUACGGCUAGCAGUGGAGAUCAUUAUGUAACUUUGUGGAGAAACUAUCUUAUUCUCUGUUUUGGAGUAGCAAAGCCCAGUAUUAUGAGUCCUGGACAUUUACGAGUUUCAACACCAGAGAUCAUGGCCACCACUCCCGACGGUACAGUUAGUUAUGAUAACAAGGUUAUAGGAACUGCAUCAGUUGGUGUGCUGUUGAAGCAGCUAGUGCCUUUGAUGAGACUUGAAAGCAUAGAAAUUACAGAAUCACUUGUAUUGGGAUUUGGAAGAACAAAUUCUCUGGUCUUCAGGGAAUUAGUGGAAGAACUCCAUCCACUAAUGAAAGAAGCAUUAGAAAGAAGACCAGAGAAUAAGAAGCGCCGUGAGCGUCGAGAUCUGCUUCGAUUACAACUACUGAGAAUUUUUGAAUUACUUGCUGAUGCUGGUGUGAUAAGUGAUAGUACCAAUGGAGCCUUGGAGCGAGAUACCUUAGCACUAGGAGCCUUGUUCUUAGAAUACGUUGACCUGACUCGCAUGUUACUGGAAGCUGAAAAUGAUAAAGAAGUUGAAAUUCUAAAGGACAUGAGAGCCCAUUUCAGUGCAAUGAUUGCCAACCUGAUUCAGUGUGUACCAGUUCACCAUAGGAGAUUUCUGUUUCCUCAGCAAAGUUUACGGCACCACCUCUUCAUUUUGUUUAGUCAAUGGGCGGGCCCUUUCAGCAUCAUGUUUACGCCACUGGAUCGUUACAGUGAUAGAAAUCACCAGAUUACAAGAUACCAGUAUUGUGCUUUAAAGGCAAUGUCAGCUGUACUCUGCUGCGGGCCUGUAUUUGACAAUGUGGGUCUUUCCCCUGAUGGCUAUCUCUACAAAUGGCUUGAUAAUAUCCUAGCUUGUCAGGAUUUACGGGUUCAUCAGCUCGGCUGUGAAGUUGUCGUAUUGUUGCUGGAGUUAAAUCCUGACCAAAUAAACCUGUUCAACUGGGCAAUAGACCGAUGUUAUACUGGAUCCUACCAGCUAGCUUCAGGGUGCUUUAAAGCAAUUGCAACUGUCUGUGGAAGCAGGAACUAUCCUUUUGAUAUAGUGACGCUGUUAAAUCUAGUCCUUUUCAAAACUUCUGACACCAAUAGAGAGAUUUAUGAAAUUUCCAUGCAACUAAUGCAGAUUUUGGAAGCCAAGCUUUUUGUUUAUUCAAAGAAAGUAGCUGAGCAAAGACCUGGAAGUAUUUUAUAUGGGACUCAUGGUCCAUUGCCGCCUCUCUAUAGCGUAUCGCUUGCUCAUUUGUCAUACGAACUAGCAAGAAUGUAUCCUGAACUCACACUCCCACUAUUUUCAGAAGUAAGUCAGCGAUUCCCAACAACUCAUCCCAAUGGGCGGCAAAUCAUGCUUACCUAUCUGCUCCCAUGGCUUCGUAAUAUUGAGCUUGUAGACAGCAGGCUGCUUCUCCCAGGUUCGAGUCCUAGCACCCCAGAGGAUGAAAUAAAGGACAAAGAUGGGGAGGUGGCCGUCACGUGUGGAUUGAAGGGAAAUGGCUGGGGUUCUCCAGAGGCCACAUCACUCGUGCUUAACAAUCUAAUGUAUAUGACUGCCAAGUAUGGAGAUGAAGUGCCUGGCCCUGAAAUGGAGAAUGUCUGGAAUGCUUUAGCCAACAAUGAAAAAUGGAGCAAUAACCUGAGAAUAGCUCUACAGUUUCUAAUAAGCUUGUGUGGGGUUAGCAGCGACACUAUCCUUUUGCCUUAUAUUAAAAAAGUUGCCAUCUAUUUGUGUCGAAACAACACUAUUCAAACUAUGGAAGAGCUUCUUUUUGAACUACAGCAGACAGAUCCAGUAAACCCCAUUGUCCAACAUUGUGAUAACCCCCCAUUCUACCGCUUUACUGCCAGCAACAAGGCCUCUGCUGUUGCUUCUGGUACCACAUCAAGCAGUAACACUGUGGUAGCCGGUCAAGACAGUUUUCCUGAGAUGGAAGAGAACAGAAUCAUAAAAGAAACUGAUGAAAGGUUUAGCAAUGUGAUCAGAGCUCAUAACCGUUUGGAAUCAAGAUACAGCAACAGUUCUGGAGGAUCUUACGAUGAUGACAAAAAUGAUCCCGUUUCUCCAUAUACAAGCUGGCUAUUGAAUAUUGUGGAAACCAAGCAGCCCCAACCUUUGCCAAUGCCUUUUAAUGGAGGAUGCUGGGCACCACUUGUUGACUACCUCCCAGAAACUAUUACACCUCGAGGGCCACUUCAUAGGUGCAAUAUUGCUGUUAUCUUUAUGACUGAGAUGGUGGUAGAUCAUAGUGUCAGAGAAGACUGGGCCCUUCACCUGCCAUUGUUACUGCACGCUCUUUUCUUGGGCCUUGACCAUUACCGUCCUGAAGUCUUUGAGCACAGUAAAAAGUUGCUGCUUCAUCUUUUGAUCGCUCUGUCAUGCAACAGCAAUUUUCAAGCCAUUGCCACAGUGCUACUUCAGAGUAGGGAAAUGACUGAAACCAAGACCCUCACAGUACAUUCGUCUUAUCUACCUGAAUACUUCUACACAGGUGGCUUUGACUUUCUGAGGGAGUACCAGUCUUCUCCUGUGCCAGACUCCGGCCUCAGCUCUAGCUCUACCUCCUCCAGUAUUAGCCUUGGAGGGAGCAGUGGAAAUCUCCCACAGAUCACCCAGGAGAUAGAAGACAUAGACACAGCUGUGGAGACGGAUGAAAAGGCAAACAAGUUAAUUGAGUUUCUGACCACCAGGGCAUUUGGUCCACUUUGGUGUCAUGAAGACAUCACUCCCAAAAACCAGAACACCAAGAGUGCAGAACAACUUACCAAUUUCCUGCGUCAUGUUGUUUCUGUCUUUAAAGAUUCCAAGUCAGGUUUCCAUUUGGAACAGCAUCUUAGUGAAAUUGCUUUGCAAACAGCUCUUUCCAGUUCCUCGAGGCAUUACGCUGGACGUUCUUUCCAGAUAUUCCGGGCUCUAAAGCAGCCUCUUUCUGCUCAUGCGUUGUCAGAUCUCCUUUCAAGAUUAGUGGAAGUUAUAGGAGAGCAUGGAGAGGAGAUUCAGGGCUAUGUCAUGGAGGCACUUCUCACUUUGGAGGCUACUGUGGAUAAUUUGUAUGAUUGUCUGAAGAACAGUGAUCUUUUGACAGUUUUAUCUCGUUCAUCUUCUCCAGAUUUAACAUCAAGCUCCAAACUGACUGCCAAUCGGAAGAGUACAGGACAGCUUAAUGUCAAUUCCGGGGCUGCAAGUGGUAAUACCACAGAGCGUAGUCGGCACCAAAGGAGCUUUUCAGUGCCGAAAAAAUUUGGGGAUGUGGACCGAUCUUCUGAUCCCCCUCGCAGUGCAACUUUGGAUAGGAUACAGGCCUGUACGCAGCAGGGUCUCUCUUCGAAAACUAGAAGCUCCUCCUCUUUGAAGGACAGCCUCACAGACCCCAACAAUAUUAACAACCCAACCAACCUGUUGGCCACCAUCUUUUGGGUCACUGUUGCUUUAAUGGAAUCUGACUUUGAGUUUGAGUAUCUGAUGGCCCUGAGGUUGUUGAAUAAGCUGCUUGUUCAUUUACCACUUGAUAAAGUGGAAAACAGAGAUAAAUUAGAAAAGCUGCAAGGCCAGCUAAAAUGGGCUGACUUCUCAGGCCUCCAGCAGCUGCUCCUGAAAGGCUUUACUUCCCUGACCACCACUGACCUCACUCUACAGCUGUUCAGCUUGUUGACCCCAGUAUCUCGAGUCUCCAUGGUGGAUUCUUCCCAAGCAAUAGGAUUUCCAUUGAAUGUCUUAUGUCUCCUGCCUCAUUUAAUUCAGCACUUUGACAGUCCUAAUCAGUUCUGCAAGGAUAUAGCAGAGAGGAUUGCUCAGGUUUGCCUCGAAGAAAAAAACCCAAAGCUGUCAAAUCUUGCUCAUGUCAUGACCCUUUAUAAAACACAUAGCUACACAAGAGAUUGUGCAACAUGGGUCAAUGUUGUUUGCCGUUACCUGCAUGAAGCAUUUGCUGACGUUACUCUGAAUAUGGUUACCUAUUUGGCUGAGCUACUAGAAAAGGGGCUUCCCAGUAUGCAGCAGUCACUUCUGCAGAUAAUCUACAGUCUUCUUAGUUACAUGGACCUGUCAAACAUUCCACUAAAACAGUUUAACAUGGAAGUUCUAAAGACUAUUGAAAAAUAUGUGCAGAGUGUUCAUUGGCGAGAAGCCCUAAAUAUACUAAAGUUGGUAGUCUCCCGCUCAGCAAGCCUGGUUUUGCCCUCCUGCCAGCACAGUGAGCUUUCAAAGAUGGAAAUACAUCGUGUGUGGAACAAUGUGUCUAAGGAAUUGCCUGGGAAAACUUUAGAAUUCCAUUUCGAUAUCUCUGAGACUCCAAUUAUAGGACGCCGAUAUGAUGAGCUUCAGGGAUCUUCAGGUCGGGAUGGAAAAUCUAGAAUAAUGCCUGUCACACGUAGUACAUCUUCAACUUCUUCUGGGUCUAACUCUAAUGUCCUUGUUCCUGUUAGCUGGAAGAGACCUCAGUACUCUCAGAAACGAACAAAAGAAAAACUGGUCCAUGUCCUUACUCUUUGUGGUCAAGAAGUUGGCCUCAGUAAAAACCCCUCAGUAAUUUUUUCUUCAUGCGGUGAUUUGGAUCUGAUUGAGCACCAAACAAGCCUGGUAGCUUCUGAGGACGGAGCACGCGAGCAAGAGAACAUGGACGACUCAAACAGCGAGCAGCAGUUCAGAGUCUUUAGGGAUUUUGACUUCCUUGAUGUGGAACUGGAGGAUGGAGAGGAACUUCAGGGUGAAAGCAUGGACAAUUUCAACUGGGGAGUACGCAGGCGUUCUCUUGAUAGUCUGGACAAGUGUGAUAUGCAACUUCUGGAAGAAAGCCAACUUUCAGGAAGUACACCCAGCCUAAACAAAAUAAACCACGAAGACUCUGAUGAGUCAUCGGAGGAGGAGGACCUACCAACAAAUCAAAUCCUAGAGCAAUCAGAGCUAAUCAUGACACUUUCCCCUUCCGAAGACACAAACCACAUUGACCCGCUUUCCACACCUGGUGAAGCAGCUUCAGUGACAGUUCCUUCCUUGAGCUCAAGAACUUCUAGUUUUAAUGCUUCUUUGCCUGAAAUGAAUAAUCUGCAAGUGUCUGAAGGUUCAAAGGCUGAAGGUGCCCAAGAGGAGGAAGAUACUUCAGUGCAGGAGGAUGAUCUCUCUGGCUCUACCAAUGAACUCCCAGCGGCUUUUGAAUACAGUGAUAGCUUUAGCCUAGAUAUGGCAGAGACUGAAGACAAAGGAGAUAGACUGCUGGAUCAAUACGCACUUGCCAGUUUGGGUGAAGUUGACAGGAAUGUUUCACCUCCUCCUUCACCAUUCUUUUCGGCUAUCCUAGCUGCCUUUCAACCAGCAGCUUGUGAUGACGCAGAAGAAGCUUGGCGUAGCCAUAUCAACCAGCUCAUGUGUGAUUCAGACGGCUCCUGUGCAGUGUAUACCUUUCAUGUGUUCUCUUCCCUGUUUAAGAAUAUUCAGAAAAGAUUCUGCUUUCUAACUUGCGAUGCUGCCAGCUACCUGGGUGACAACCUGCGAGGAAUAGGCUCAAAGUUUGUGAGUUCAUCACAGAUGCUGACUUCUUGUUCCGAAUGCCCCACUCUUUUUGUAGAUGCUGAAACUCUUCUCUCUUGCGGACUUCUUGAGAAAUUAAAAUUCAGUGUCCUAGAACUACAAGAAUAUUUGGACACUUAUAACAACAGGAAAGAAGCAACACUCUCUUGGCUUGCAAACUGCAAGGCAACAUUUGCUGGGGGUUCAAGAGAUGGUGUCAUUACCUGUCAGCCAGGAGACUCAGAAGAAAAGCAAAUGGAAUCUCUUGCACAAUUGGAACUGUGCCAGAGAUUAUACAAACUGCACUUCCAGUUGCUGUUGCUUUUUCAGUCGUACUGUAAACUCAUCGGACAAGUGCACGAAGUUAGUACAGUGCCAGAGUUACUGAAUAUGUCUCGAGAGCUGAGCGAAUUAAAGAAGAAUCUUAAAGAAGCAAGUGCUGCCAUUGCGAACGAUCCGCUGAUUAUAGAGUGUGGUACCUCUGGACCCCUGUUCACUUCUACAGAAGUAGCGAUACAGUCCAUGCUGGAGUGUCUGAAAAAUAAUGAGCUUGAAAAAGCUCUGUACCAAAUAAGGGAAUGCAGGAAUUUGUGGCCCAAUGACAUCUUUGGAAGCAGAACUGAUGAUGAGGUCCAAACCCUACUGAACAUCUACUUCCGACAUCAAACACUUGGGCAGUCUGGCACUUAUGCAUUGGUAGGCUCUAACCAAAGCCUGUCCGAAAUCUGUACAAAACUGAUGGAACUGAACAUAGAGAUCCGGGACAUGAUCCGCAGGGCUCAAAGCUACCGAGUUAUCAAUACUUUUCUUCCAGACUCCAGUGUUUCUGGUACAAGUCUCUGACAAAAGCCCUGUGCCCCCUUUCUUAUUCAAGUUGGAAUUGCUUCCAUGCUGGGGUAAGGUGGUUCAGUACCUUCUCAGCCUUAGAAAGACUUGGUCAAGUUGUAGUCAGUCUUGUUUCCUUUACACCAUAUUCCAAGAAGAGUUGGGCAGAGUUUUCACCGUGUUGCAAUACUGUAAGGACAAAGGUAGCAUAGAAUCCUUUGUGUCGUGCUGCACCAACAAAAUGCAUUUCACUGGGCAACUGCAAUUCACUACUGAAUACGCGACUUCCAUACAUACCAAAGACUACUACACUGAACAAGACUUCCUUUCUGGAAUAUUAAUUUUAGGUUGGCAAAAGUGCAAUCUUUCCUUAACGUGAGGAUUUUUGUGUUGUUUUUUUAAAUCUUGUACAUUUUUUUUUCUUUUGACCAAGUUACAAAAAGGCAGAAUGAAGCUAGCGACAGGACCCCGCAAGACUUGUCGAUUCGAAAGCUGAGAGCCUGCGUGUAUGAAAGAGGAUGUAAAGAGCUACAGCUAUAUGUAUACUGUAAUUUAAAUAUGGUUACUGUAUCUUUCAAAGGAAAAAAAACUCCAAGCUGCUAUGAAGUACAUUUCCUGAUGUUGCUAGGCUACUGUCUUGGAAGGUACUAGAUCCUGUUGAAAGAGGUCUAUUAUUAAGACCCAAGUACCUUAUGAAUGGACUAGGAAGAUUUUUUUAAAAAGAUUUUGGCUGCUUUUUACUAGAGGGUUGCUUUUACGAAUAUAUUUAUAUUAAUUAAAGAGGAUUGGUCUGGCUUAAAUUGCCAUUUUGUAGGAAAGCAUCACAUUGCUGAUUUAAAUUUUUUUGACUUGCCCCGCAUGCAUAUUUUUAUUUAAUAUACAUCUGGAUUUCAACAGUAAAGCAUUGCAUAAAGCUCAAGUUCACUUCCCAUUUCUUAAGGUAUUUUCUUUGUAAUGUAUGUUUUCCUUGCAUUUUCCCCUUACACUUAUUCUGUCAAGUGUUAAAUGGGUGCAUGUAUCUCCUCUGCACAUCUGAAACACUUUUUUCAGGCAUUGUCGGUGUCACUUAAUCUUUCUGUAAAUACACUUAAAAGGUUUUUGUGAAGUAUCUUUUUGGUUGAUAUUUUGAUCAGAACAGGAUUAUCUAACUAAAUAUAAAGAUGAUUAUAAUAUAUAUACAUACAUA